AUGGACCCCCCUGCCCCCCGGCCGCGCUCGUUCGACCUCCCGAAGCCGGGCGCGGAGGCCGGCCUCGCGGAGUGGACGAGCCGGAUCAAGGCGCUCCAGCGGCAGGUCGACGAGGACGAGGAGGCGGAGCAGCGCAAGCUCGAGGAGGAGAUCGCGGCGAGCCGGCUGGCGCGGCAGAGGCGCAGCGCGAUGUACCAGGGCCCGCGGGCGGAGGGGGGCACGGGGAGGGCGGAGUCGUUGACGAAGACGGAGGAGCCGCGCGACCGGCAAAAACACCUGGACGACGCGCUGCACAGGCUCACCGCCCCCAGCGGAAGCGCGACUGCGGCGUCCCCGCCACCUUCCACGGGCCCUUCGCGGCCUGCCCCAUCGCACCCGAUCUCGCUCGCGCAGUUCAUGGGCGGGCGCCUCGCGGCGCCGCCGCUGCGCAGGCACGCGCCGCAGGCGGACGCGCACGACCCGACGCAGUUCGCGCAGCGCUCGCUCGCGGAUUUCAAGGCGCCCCACCCGAUAUUCGGGAGCCGCGGGGUGGCGAUGCCGGGGCUGGCGGGCAAGGCGCCGUCGAGCCCGCCCGCGUCCCAUGAUGAUACUGCUGCGCGCACAGAAGCGGCGUCGCCGCAUGGUGCUCCGCGCGCAGAGGCUGCUUCGCAGCGCGAGCGAAGGGUCAGCACGCCGCCGGUGGCGAGGAGGUAUGUGGAGAGGCUGGAGGUGCAGGCGCUGGCUCCGCAGAGGACGGGCGGGAGGGAGCGGACGGUCAGCACGCCUACGGGCGGCGCCCCGCUCAGGAGGGUCACGUCGCCCCGGUUUGAGCCUGAGCCAGUCAAGGAGCCGCCGCGGCACCCGAUAUCGCACUCACCCGCCCCUGGACGACGCUCGACGACUCCUUCGAACGGGAGGAUUACGCCAAGUGCACCACUGAAAUCGCCUACAUCGCCUACACCGUCCAAUGCAUACAGUACACCUUCGCGUCCAUUCACGCCAGCACAGUCGACACCCUCCGUCACAUCUUCCCCCUCCACGCCGAGCAAGACACCCAUCACCACCCCGUCCCUUGCGCGCCCCAAACAGCCCGAGCCGCCCAAGCCCUCAGUGUUCGGCCCGCAGAUCGUCCCGUCACCGAAACCCUCCCCGGCGUUCCUGCGCCCCCCGCCGGAGAAGCAGCCCACGCCGAGCCUCAGCCGGCUCAAGGGCCGCGGCUUCGUGCAGAGCAUGGUCAAGGUGAGCAGCGAGCUCUCGCAGCAGGCGACCGGCUCGCCCACCCCGGCCGGCGGGAAGGGCGCGGGCGGGAAGCGCCUGUCGAACGUGCUGGAUCGCUGGCCCGCGAGCCCCAGCCCGUCCUCGCCGCCGCCGCCGCCGCCGGCCUCCGCGCCCAUGCGCAAGUCGUUCACGGCGGACCCGGCGUCAAGUCGCGAUCGGGAGCCGCAGGCGAGCAAGCUCGCGGCGGCGGGGCGCUCGCUCAAGUCUGCGCCGUCGCUGCCGAAUAUGGCGUCCAAGGCGGCGGGCGGGGACGGGCCGGGGCUGGGCUCGUCGAAUACGCUGAUAUCGUACAUCAAGCCUAUGAAGACGGGGGAAUCGGCGCCACCGUCCAGACCGGCGACGGCGCCGCCGCAUGAAGUUGACGAGCUGGGCAUGCGGGUGUCCAGCCACCGCACGGGCGGGAGCGGGGUGUCCGGGAUAUCGUCAGGUUUGCCGCCUUCGUCUGGCAAACCGCUCAGUCAUCCAACGAAAGACAGAGUGAAGUUGAGGCGAAAAGGCAAGGACGGCAAGCCUAGCAAGAACGAGGCAGCCGUCCCUGCUGCGAUACCCGAGGAAUCGGCUACCAAUGCGCAGCGUGCUGCUGAAGCUCCUCCUAUCCAAGUGGCGCCAGAGCCUCCUCAGAGACUCGAGCCACCGACCUCCAACGCUUCCCGCGCUCUCACGCCUCCAAGUCCAAGAGCGGUCUCUCCAAAUGAAGAAGCGAAAGAGCGCUCCCUCUCGUCGACGUCAAGCAGAGAGGGGAGCACUGGCCGAGUCACGGAUCGAUGGACGAACGGCGCGGUGAUUGGGGUAAAACCCCUCGCGCCUGCAGGGCGCAUAAGCCCCCAGCCUCCGACGUCUCCUCAGCCCAAAGGGAUGGUAGGGAGGCAAGCCCUGCCUGGGCUGGCCACCGUCCCCACUCCUGCGCCUGCGGCCAAGGACGAAAAGUCCCCAGCCCCUGGUCGUCCGAAGCACGCUCGGAUUCCGAGCACGGGCAAUCGAGCGACGGUUAUGGACGUCGCGCAGGUGUUCAACGAGGUGCACAGCCGCGAGUCGUCCGUCUCGCCCGCGCCGAUGUCGCCCUCUCCUCAGGACGCGCCUGAGCCGGAGAAGCUGCCCGAGCUGGAAGCCAAGCCUGCUCCCCUCCCGAGGGUGUCUCGGCCCCUCCCCGCCCCGCCUUUGCAGAGUCGGAAGCCGAGUUACGAUAGGUACUCGGUGAUUAAUUUGCCUCCGCUUGAGGAGGAGAAGACGCCCGCACCGUCGCCUGCGGGUACCCUCGCUAAGAAGACUGCCGCGCCGCCAUCUGACCAAGAGCCAAGUCCGACCCUUGUAGCGGAGGAAUUGAAAGAGAUUGAGAAAGACCAGAAAGCCAACGCUGAAAAUCCAGUUGAGGUGGAGAUCAAGGUUGAUGAGCCUCAGCCGGAGGUUGAGAAGGUAACGGAGGAAGCGGCUCUCGAAGUCGUUCAUCUCAACUUCGUUGAAGAUUCUCUACCCUCUGUAGACGUACAAGCGGUGCUAAAGAAGCGCGCCCCCUCUUUCAAGCCUAAUCCCAACGAUACCACAGUCUCCGUCGACGUCAUGACCAUCAUGGGCAACACCGCUACCGCUGUAGGCAAAGACUCGCACAUCUUUUACGACACCGAGGUGCUCGCCAUCAUCCAUCGGUCAAAGUCGAAGACCAGCGGCCUAGUUUCUAACAAGGUGUGGGGGUGGUGCGGUAAGAAUAGUCGGCUGGAGGAGAGGGAGGAGCGGAAGCUCCAGGAGUUGGCGAAACGCUACGGCACGACUCUGGAGAGAGUACGGCAGUACAGCGAGCCGGCGGAACUUGUCCAUGUGCUCGGCGGUCGGCUGGCUAUCAGACAGGGCACGCGCGAACACUGGUCCGCCGAGAACACAUGCAUGCACCUCGUUCGCAGACACCACGGGCACAUCUUCAUCGACGAGCACGAUUUGAGCAUCCGCAACCUCUGCUCGGGCUUCAGCUACUGCCUCUCCGUCCUGGGUACCGUGUACGUAUGGCACGGGUGCGGCUCGCUCCCGCUCGAGCGGCAAGCGGCUCUCGACUACGCGCGGGGUCUGGCGGCUGACCCUGGGAGUGUGGUCGAGCUGGUGGAGGGCGAGAGCGACGAGGACGAGAUGUUCUGGAUGGUGCUGGGCGACCGCGAAGAGUACGCGCGGGCGGACCAUUGGCGCUGGCGCGCCGCGGCGGCGAAGACGGACCCUAGGGUGUGGCGGGUUGAUGGCGGGGAUGGGAAGGACUCGGUUCGCCUAGUGGCGUCCUUCACGGAUGAGGCUGCGAUAUCGAACUCGGUCUAUAUCGUCGAUUGUAUAUGGGAGUUCUUCGUCCUCGUUGGGAGCGACGCGCGCGGGAAACGGGGGAGCAUCAAGCUUGCUGUUUCGACCGCAACCGAAAUGUCGAGUCGCACGGCUGCGGCGAAGCCCUUCACGCCUGCAGUGCAUAUCGUGGUGCUGCCAUCACAGCUGCCGCUCGAUCUGAGGUUGAGUUUCCGGGAUUUGGAUGAGGAGGCGUUGAACCACGGGGAUGUCCCGAGUCAUAUGCACCUCCUCACCGUGGCCGAAGCCCAAGAACAGCUGGAGAAGUCUGUCUGGGAGAAGACGAAGCUUCAAGACCACAGUUUGCUACCUUUAGGUGUUGACGUUUCCAUGCUAUCAUGAAGGAUGGGUGUCUGCUUGAGUUGAGAUAUCAUUUCGACAUUGCUUGUAUAUCUUUAUCUAUCUCUUCCUCUUCGAUAAUCGCAAUCUCUUUCGGAGCUGUGCAGUAGUGUUGAGAUCUCGCUC